AUGUAUAGCUCUAUAAAAAGGGAUAUAAGUUGUUUCAGCUCCUCACCCCCAUCAGUACAAUCACAAACUAAACAAAUGGCUCUCAGAGUUGCAUCGUCUUCUUUUCUUUUUCUACUCUCACUGCUCAUCAGCUUUGUUGCAAUCGCUAAAUCUGAUUGCAGGUACAUUGUGAGAGUGAAGACAGGAGAUCGCAAAGAUGCAGGAACGGACUCCAUGAUCAGCCUCAGGUUAUCAUCUCCUAGCAAUAGCUUUACCGUCAACAACCUCCGAGAUUGGGGCAUCAUGGGACCUGGUCAUGAUUACUUUGAGCGAGGCAACCUCGAUGUGUUCAGCGGCACGGGUCCUUGCCUCGGCGUUUGCGCCAUCACCGUCACGUCCAAUGGCGAAGGAAACAAGCCAGGAUGGUACUUGGAUUACGUGGAAGUCACUUCCACUGGGCCCAAGGUAGCUUUCGUGGUGAACCAGUGGCUAGCUCUUGAUGAAUGGCCAUAUCAUCUCUAUGCCAGCGUGAACUUAUGCUCCCGCGCCCAGCUAAUCAAGAUGGCAUCAGAUCAGGAUUCUUGAGUUUGACUGCGCUCUCUCUACUGUGAGACCAUGCUAAAUUUCUGAAAUCUCAAUAUGUAUUCGGCUUUUGUUGGUGUGUUGUGUUUUAUGUAAUGUAUACUAAAAUCUGAAUAUGUAUUUGGCUUUUGUUGGUGUGUUGUGUUUUAUGUAAUGUACGUAUGUCUUUGUCGUGUGUCCCUUCACUUCAAUAAUAGCGUGCCCUCGUGGUGCAAGCUUGUCUA